CCAGGAACGAAAGGCAUAAGUAUCUUAGGGAUAUCGACCGACAGCGCGGUGCCCUUGCCGUGCACUGCGAGACUAGGGCGAAAGUACGAGACAAUAAGUAUCAAUCCUGGAUCGUGUGCUCUGCAGAACCUAGUACAAAGUACUUCAUCGCAGGUCAUCCUCUUAUACCUGGUUAUACUUCAAUGAGUCCGAGUUACCAGGUCGCAGAGUUUGCUUCUGCUUUCCUCAGGAAGGAUGAGCGCAAUAUCCUUGUUUAGGAUCUAUUCUCGCUGUUUAAGCUCGCUGCCUGUGUUCUGACAGCUGUCUCUGGCUUGAGGAUUGAGCAGUGGUGCUGCUCCAGCCAACAAUGGGCUUGCUUGCAAUACUAACAGCUUUAUGGAUUGUUGCCGUGGCGCUGGUGAUCUCAACACUGUUCGUGCUGCGAGAUAGGAUUUGGGCCUUCAUAACCCGGCGUGCCGGGCUUCAGGAAUGCCACACGGAGCGUUGUGGAUGGAGCGGGUUAAAGGGUCUGCGGCUUGUUAUAAAGAAGGGUCCCGUGCGCAUCGUACGGCUAACCUCCUUCCAAAUCCAACUAGCAAAGACAACCACCUCCUCAACAGCAGCCUCUCCAUCGUCCUUAUCUCCCGCUCCCUCAACCUCUUUGGGACCGUCGGACAAAAGAACCACAUCACCCAUAACAGCAACUGCGUUUCCUGGUGGUAGCCUUAACGACGAGGGAACCUCAGGUCAAAAUGCUGCUUCCAACCUCCACCAUCGCCACCAGCAAUACCAACCACCUCAGCAGCAGCGCUUUCAGUGCUACAGCGGUUUCCUCGGUUGCAUGGUGGCGAUAGCCCGACUGCUGCUGGCGCUGUUGCAAAGAGCUGCUAGCGGCGGAGGCAGCAGCGGCAGCAGGCCACCUGUGGUGGUGCUUGUGAGCUUGCAGGGCCUCGAGGUGGAAUUGCGGGGCGCUCACUCGAAGGACCGCCUGCGGACCGCCUCCAAGGACCCCCGGGGUCCAGCAGCAGCAGCCGGCUUCGCUGCCGACAGCGGCAUUAGCGAUGCGGAUAGCGGAGGCGGCAGCAGUAGUGGCCGCAGGGAGGGCAAGCAAGGGCGAGGGCGAGGAGCCCUUACUGGGGCUCCCCUGGGACUGCCGACAGCCCUGCUGCGGGCGCUGCCGUUCGUGCGCCUGCAGCUCAGUGGCGUGGUGGUCAGGAGCGGAGAAGGUGCGAGCAAUGCAGCCCCCAAUCCUGGCGGCACUGACGUCGGCAGCGGCGCUGGCGGCGACAGUGGCGGUGUGCCCGCCAGCAGCUCUGCGGACGCGGCAGACCGCCUCGCUUGGACAGCUAGCCUAGCCUCCCUGGAGGUCUGGGCCCAGCAGCUGGCCAGCGCUGGUGCUGCGGACUCCGGCGCUGCCGCCGCAGCAGCCGUCGACGACGGCGGCGGCGGCGAGGGCGGCAGUCGUGACGGCACCCAGGAGCGGAGCCAGGUGGCGGCGGAUGCACCCGCCGGCAUGUGCGGCAACGCAGCAGCCGCCGCUACGGCUGGCGGCGGGGGCUUAGGAGCAGCGGAUCGUAGGGUGGCACUAGCAGUUAGCCUGGUUGGCAUGGAGUUCUUUGUACGGCGGCAACAAAGUCGCACAGCUGCGGUUGACAUUGAUGUCAACGGCGGUGGCGGAGGAAGCAGCAGCAGCAUCGACCAACCGCGACCGUUGUUGGCUGGCCGGUGUGGCGGCGUGGCAGUUACGGGAACGUUUGGCUCCCAGGGUAGCAGGUCCGGAAGGCUGUUAGAGCUGGCCACAGAGGUCGACGAAGUCCAUCUGGAUUGCCGUACAGCUACCGCCGCAGCCGCCACCACCAUCGGCGCGGCUGCUGCCAAUGCAUCAGCGACAGCGACCACCGCAGCAGCAUCGCCCGGCGACGAUGGCGACGUCAGCCAUGGCGCUAGCCAAACAACAACAAAGGCUCCUGCUGCUGCUGCUGCUGCUGCUGCAGCAGCACCCGUAGCAGCUAGCCCUCUAGCGGCUGCGCUGUUAGAGUUAGCCUCUGUCCUGGCCGCGAGCAAGAAGGCCAAGAAGCUCGAAAAGCGGAAGGAGGAGAAGAAGGGGGUGGCAGAACCUUGGGAAGGCCGUGGGGAAGAAGGAGACACGUCGCGAGGCGAGGCAACCGUGACCGCGGCUGCAGCGGAGGACAGUCGGACGCCGGCCCCAGCGGCGGGAGCGGAGCAGGCGGCGGCGGUUCUGGCGGAUAAAGCUCUGGAGCUGGUGACAGGGCUGAGCAGGAUGCUUCCUGACAAGGUGACCCUUCGCUUGGCUGGCAUCAAGGCGGCUACUGCCCUAGUUGUCCAGACGCCGUCGCCGGCGGUGGCAACGGCUCCGCCAUCAGCCUUCACCGCACCGGCGCCGGCGCCGGCAGCAGCCUUCUCGCUUCAGGCACUGCUGGGCGCGAGUUCCCUCCAAGUUAGGUCCCGACAGCACAGCCGUCGCAGCUCCGCCGCGGCCGGAUCUGGAAAGCCGCUCCUGGAUCUUUCCGUACAGUUAGGUCAAGUGGCGGUGAUAGCAGCUGCGGGAGCCUUUGGAAGCAGUCGCCAGGCUGGCAGCGCAGCAGCAGCAAGUGGUACGACAAGUAGUGCUGCUGCAACGGCGCCCGUACACUUCGUCGUGCAACGUAUGGGCGUCCAUGCAGCCGUCUCAGUCGCUCCUGCCGCAGCUGUCGCCGUGGCGACGGUGGCAGCCUCAUCCCGAAUGCGCUGUAGUGUUACAUUGGGCCUCGACAUUCCAGGUUGUGUCGUACAUCUUCGGCCACAAACGCUGCUGCUACUGCCGCCGCCGCUGUCGUCGUCGUCAUCACAGUCACCGCUGCCGCCAGCUGAGUCAGGACGGAAAGGGGAACCUUCCGGCGUUGGUUGCGUUGACAUCAGCAGUGAUGCACCCACCUGCUACAGCCUCUUCUUCCACGGGUUUAGCACCAAAGCCAACUGCGCAUUCAACGCAACGUCACGCAACAGCAGCCCUGCUGCUGCCGGUGCUGCUGCUGCCGCUGUUCCGCUGGAACCGGCUCCUGCUGCCAACAACGCCGCACCGUCAGAGCCGUCGCAGCCCCAAGCGGUGCCGGCGGCGACGGCUGUAGCACCAGCACUCACGGCAGCCGGCACUUCGUAUCCCUCCAGCCCUGCAGAAGACAACCUUCGUUUCCGCAGGCAGCUACAGCUCACUCGCUCCAUCGCCGCGGCGGCGGUGGCGCCGGUAAUGGAAGCGACGCCGUCGGCGGAAGAGCCGCUGCCGCCGGCGCUCCGGGCGAGCCGCAGCGUCGGCAACACGUCUGAUCUGGCGUUCAAGCCCGAUGCGCCGGAAGCGGGGGCAACUGGGGGCGGCCGCGGCGGCGCCAGUGCGACUCCGUCCAGCGCAAACCCCUCGAUGACACCGUCGCCGUUACAGUCACGGUCUUUGUCGCAACAAACGCUGGUUCAGCUUUCCGAGCCCCAGGCUGCUUCCGAGCUGCUGUCUCCUGCCGCAGAUGACGUACUGUUGCCGCCAGUGGUGACGUCAGCCCCCGUGGCGGAGGCGACGCAGCGCGAAGGCCCCAGCAGUACGGCAACACCAGAUCGUACGGCGGCUGCCGUAGAAGGGCCACCAUCGCUAGCAGCGGCAGCGUCAACGCUGCAGCCGCCGGUGAUGGUGGCCGCGGAAGAACCUGGAACGGCGUCUUUGGAUAUUGUACUACAGCGCUUAGAGAUGUACGGCAGUACGAUAUGCGCCAGUGCCGCCGCCGCAAGCGCCGCCAGCAGCGGUGCGGCUGGCCCGACCUCGGUGCGUACGUCGUCUAAAUACGACAUUGUCAUCAUGCAGCGUACGACAGUGCGUGUUACGGCCGAUCCCGUAGCGGCUGGUGCAUGGGGUGGUAAAGCAGGAGUGCCGGAGGCGGCAGCGGUUGGUACGGCAAUAGCAGUCGACGCGGCUGUAGCUUUGGGUCGUUUGGAGGCAGUAGCUGCGCCGCGGAAGCUUGAGCCGCUGUUGCGCUUGGCUGGUGCCGCCGUCGGCGCUGCCGCCGCAGCUUCUCGGGCAAUAGCUGCCGCCGCUUCCGCUGCCGCGGCGGUGACCAAGGCAGAGGCAGAACGUGCAGCAGCGGCAGCAGCUGCUGGAAGUGGCAGUUCCGUACCGGACUUCUUCCUUAGCUCCGCCGCCGCGUUUUCCUUCCCGCCAGAUCCGUUUGCAAGUACGACACAUGUCGGAACGGUUGAUGGUGCGCUCGCUGCGGGCACCGAGGCUGACGGCGGCGGCGCUAGCGGCAGUCGUAAGAACCGCCGCGGCGGCGGCAUCCGUGGCCUCCUGUCCGCGUUUUCCGUCCGAAGCGUAACGCUCGAUGCUGCAGCCGGGGUUCGCGCCGCAAUCCAGGUUGACGUCCCGUUGGAUCCGUCGUACAGCACAUUACCGGCGGAGGUGACGGCCGUACCGACAGCUGUUGAGAUGACGGUUGCGUCACUGGCGGUUAAGGCCUGGCCCGCCGCCGCCGCCACCGUUCCAGUAGCGGAGGUGAUGUUGACGGAGGCGGCGGUGGCGUUAAGUCGUCACCCUGUGUCGACGCCGUCCGUUGCGACGGCGGUGGCGGGUAGCGACCGACAGCGGUUACUAGAGCUGAAGCGGAUGAAGGUUCUGCUGGCCACAAUCGCAGCCGACACACUGUCGGAAGGCAGUGUUACCUUCGCGACCGAUACGUCAACGUCGUCGACAGCAACCAAUGCGGGGCCUGACAGCUGCGACGACUCGUUGACACGCCGUACAUUGACCCGAGUGGAGGUUUCUGGGACCCGUGGGUCGUUCGACAUGGACAUGGUUCUAGCAGCGUUUGCCGUGGCUCAGGAGCUAGCUGACGUGGCAGCGGCGGCGGUUCGAGAGCGUCAGUGUGCCGCCUCCUCCUCCUCCUCUCACGCCUAUCAAUCACCGUCCAAGGAGGACCCAUGCGACGGGGCGCUUUCGGAGCCACCGAAACCCCAGCAGCAGCACGAUAAGGAGAGGCGGCAGCAACCUGAACGGGAGCCGCAGCAGCAACAGCAGCAGGAGGAGGUCCGGAAGCGGCGGGGGCGGCGAGGACGUCGAGGUCCAGGGCUGCUCGAGAUCCAUGCGGUGGAUUCGGAGCUCAGUAUCGUCCUAGGUGCUUCCGAGGUGGUGUCGGUGGCUGCUGCGGAUGCGCGGGGCAGCAGCGGGCUGAGGGGCGGCGCGGCGGAGGGAUUUGCGCUGCGCAUCAACGGCAGGAGGCUAUUGGAUGUUGAGUACUUGGCGGUUACCGCAGCCGAGCCCGUACGACAGGGCCAAACACCGCCAACCGCCGCACAACCUGGCACCACUGCAUGGGGAGGAGCGGAAGGUUCCUCCUCCGCCUUUACAGCUUCUCCCGCCGCAGCUGCGGCAGCGGCAGCCGCCGCUGCAGGUGCCGUACAACCGUCAUCCACGGCACCAGGAUCUGGUCCCCUGAUUUUCCGUACGUCGUCUCCCGCCGCCGUAACGCCCGCCACGACUCCUGCGACUGCGUCAACUCGCAGCUACUACACCAACAGCACCAGUCGCCACGCAAGCCACCGUUCCGUGGAUUUAGGCGAUUCAGUAACGUUUGCUGCAACGGGGUUAACGACAGCGGGGACCGGAGAUGUGUCUUGGCCGCAAACACAGCACCACUCUCCUCCACCUUCUUCCCGGAUGCUGCAGCAGCAACAUCAACAGCAACAGCAGCAGCAGCAGCAGUACAACCGGCAGCAAUACCCACAACAACACAGGCAGCACCACCACCGGCGCUUCGUCAGUGCGAUUCCGCUCGGUGCCACCGCCACCGCCACAGCUGCGGCUGCAUUCAUGGAUCAACCGCAACAACCGCAAAUGCCAUCACAGCAGCAACAAUCAAGCCGAUCGAGGCUGCCAAAUGGAUUGCUGCCGGCGGCGGCGGCGGCGGCGGCGCUACAGCCGUGGACUUCCCUGGGUCGUCCGCCAGCAUGGGCUGUAGCAACAGGAGCAGCAGCAGCAGGAGUACCAGCUGCCGCCGCUGCUGGGGUUUGGGCCGGGGCGAUGGCGGCAGGGGCUUCUGCUACCGUGGGGGGAGGUGGUGGCGGUGUAAAGCGGACACCUGCACAGAAGAAUGCGCUGCGAAAGACCACAUGCGAUGCUCGCCGUCGAGCCGCUCGCGACCGGUUCCAGUUGCUGGAUCAGCAGCAGCAAACGUCCGCAGCAGCGACUGCCGUACAACCGCCAACUGCCACAUCUCCAUCUGCAUUGUCAACGGGAGCAGGAUCAGCAGCAACAACUGCCGAAUCCUCAAGCUUGCCGACCUCCACGCUGCCUUCUGGCGCUGCUGCACCUCGCAUGGUGUCUCUGGAUGUUGCAUUGUACGGCGCAACGCUAACGGUUGCGUACGACGAAUCUGCGGCUCGCGUGUACGUCGUCGGCGAAGUAUGGUCGCGUGCGGUUAAGCAGGUGCUGGGACCUCGCAUCUCGCUCCUCAAGGAGACCCUUCGCGCCCUCAAGGCCGGCAAGCGCAGCAGCAAUGACGUCAGCAGCAGCAGCAACAACCCGUGCGUCAACAACAGCAGCACCGACAGCAUGCAUGCAAGCGCCCGUACGAAUAGCGACAAUAGCUGCAGUAGCGGAGGGCCCGGCGCAGGGCUUGGCAGCAGCAGCAACAGUGCUCCGCUUCCGAAAGGCGCCGUCAAGGACAAGCCGUUCAUCGAGCUGGUAUUAGACGCCCGACGGUUGGAAGUUACCGUUGAGCAUCAGCCGAUGGAGGCCUGGCUGGCUCUGCAUGGAACCGCGCUGCGGGCGACGGCGGCUCAGCGGCACCUGUACGAGCGGCUGAUGGUGGGUCACGUGGGCUCCAGAGCGGGUCGGGCCCGCAGGGACGUGGCGGCAACGGCGGCGGCGGAGGUCGCGGUGGCGGAGGCGGAAGCUGCUGCUGCCACCGCCGCCGCCGCUGCUGCCGCGAUUGCUGCGGUACACCGGGAGGGCAGCGGCAAACGCCGAAGCCGGCGGCGACGGCGUUGGCUUCUUCGGUCGUCUGGCGGUGCUGACGACGAAAAUGAUGACCCAUUAGUCAGUGUGAGCAGUACUAGUAGCAGCAGUAGUAGCAGCAGCAGUAGCGGGAGUAGCGACGAUAGUGAUAGCAGUAGCAGCACUGACAGUGAAGACGGCAAAGAAGGAGGAAGGAGGCGGAAGGGGAAGCAGGGACGGAGGGCUGCUGUCGCUGCGGCUGCUGCAGCCGCGGCUGCUGCUGCUGCGGCGGCGGCCGCUGCAGGUGUGGGGAGCAGUGGUGCCGCUGCCGCCCAGGACGAAUGGGGCGAGGUCAUGCGAGACAUCUCGGCGGCUUACGUGUCAGCCUGUCGGGCGAUCUCCGCGGCGUCUGCUGCUGCUACUUCCGGUGCCGCUGCUGCCGGCAAUGCUACUGCUGGUUCUGCUACCGCUGCAGCUACCUCAUCUUCCGGAGAGGCAACAGCCGGCAUGGGCACCAGACCCGGAGCUGCUACGGCCGCUGCUAGCACUGUCACAGCAGCUGCUACAGCCACCGCCGGAGGGGCGCUGGUGGGAUGCCCGGGGGGAGCGCUGCUGCAUCUGGCGGUGUCGGAGGCGCAGGCGUGCGUCAUGGUUGCCCCUGCGGGCUGCAGCCGGGGCCGUCAAGCGGCGGAGGCGGUCAUUCAGCGGCUGGACUCGCCGGCGGUGGAGGGCAUUGCGUUCGAGCGGGUGGUGGCGGUGUCACUGGAUGUGGUUGCUCAAGACCUGCAGGCCUGCUUCGCCGGCUGCGGCGGCCGCUCCUCCCCCGCCCUCACCGCCUCCCAGCUGGGUCUCACCGGCUGGGUCAUCCGGGCGCGGCAGCUGGCGGCGCCGCCCCGGUGCGGCGCGGAGGCGGGCAGGUGGCCCGUGGGUCGGUGGCACGGUGUGCCGCUGCCCAUGCCGCUGCGCUUCACGCGACCCAACAUGAAGACCUACACUGACCUGCGGAUUGAGGCGGAUGCGCUGUCCACCGCCUUCAGCACGGCAAUGGAACCCGUACUGGCACAGUUGGCAAAGGCCAUGAAGCAACGCGUGGUACCGCCCCAACCGCAACUCCUCCGACCCGACGGUCGAGUAGCGUCCAGUGCGACUACAGCCGCCGCUGGUGCUGGUGCUGCUACUGAUGCUGCCUCCGGGGGCGUUACGGCGGAUGUCCAGGUGCCGGCGGCUGCCGCUUCAAGUCCCGCGGGUCUGCAGUCCUGGGACAACAUCCGCUACGUCUGGCGGGGAGGCAUGAAGAUUAUGAUUCGUGGGCUCAAUGUGGCGCUGGGGACAUCCUCACUGGAGCUUCCCCUCGCCGCCACUGACCCGCGGGUCGCUCUGUCGGCCGCUACACUGGGUGUGACGGUUGCGACGGGCCAAGUCGACGUAACGGCUACAUCGCUGGCGGUUGUGGGGCAUGCGCGGGGACCAGGGCGAGGGCCAGGCGAGCCGCUGGUCACGGUCCCGCUGCUCUCCCUGCCCCUCCUCAACACCUCCCUCCACACCGCCUUCAAACAGCGCGGCCCCACGCCCUACGCCUUCCCGCCCAUCCGCCAACUGCCGCCGCCUGGGGUACUGCAGGAGCCGGUGGAUGUGCCGGGCCUUAUGCGUGCCACGUCAUGGUCCAUGGCGCUUUUCUUCAGCUUACGUAAUGCAAGUACGCCAACCUCAACCGCUGGUACGACUGCUAGCAGCAGCAACAGCACGGCGGCAACUGCCAACUACCCACAACAGCAACAGCCGCAGCAGUUGGCGUUAUCCGUGGCGGGAGGCGGUGGAGCCGAGGGACUUCCUCGGGCGUACAUUGGAGAGAUGCAGGUCAAGUUCAUCUUGGGCCUUGUGGCUAGCAUGGCCAGUGGCGCGCCAGUGAUGACCCGUGGGUCAUGGAAGCGCCGCACGUGCUACGACCCGCCGCGCCCUCGACCGACGGCGGCCCCAGGGGCGCCGCAGCCUGCGCCGGCGGCAGGAGAGAAGGCACACCCCUCCUCCUCCUCCGGCGGCAGCACUGCGGUCAGCGGCGGCAGCAGCCUGGGCGCGCUGCUCUCCCGAGUGGAUGUGGAUCUGAGUGCGGAUGUGUUUGACAUCCUGCAUGACGCACAGGACCCCGACGAUCCCUCAGACCUGGUGUGUUUGCGCGCACGCAACCUGCGCUACACCAACACCUUUGGAUACAGCAGGGGCAUUCGUACUAUCGUACGGAGCAACGCCGCCGUACGGUCCAAGCUCGUAUCGCGUCCGGUCAUGACGGCACUCGGCGUGGAGGCGUACGACAUUCGGAUCUUCAUGCCGCCUCCGUCGCCGCCGAUGCCGUACAAUGGUGGCGGCGGCGGCGGCCCACUGGGUUCCGGCCCCACCACGGCAGGGGGCGGCGGCGGUCCUCGAGUGCGGCAUGGGCCACCGCAGGAUUCCCCUAGGGGGACCGACCCAUGGGACGCUGUCGGCGCUUCCUGCCCUGGCUUUGGCGCCGGUCUCAUCGCCUCCUGCAACUGCUUGAUGCUGAAGCAGUCUGGACCCGAGCGGAACCCCCAGACCUCCCAGCAGCAGCAAGCGGCCCCGCCUCCUAACCGACCCAUUCGCAUCGUGGUGCAAGACGUGCGGGUGCUGUGUACCACCGAAUCCCGGGACGCCGUCAUCGCAACCACCACCCACAUCGUGCAGGCAUUCUCUCGCUCUCCGACUCCCCCCGCUGGCACUCCGCCCGCCUCCAAUACAGCCCUUCGAAACGCCGCAGCUCAAGGCCCCGCUGCCUCCACCUCUGACGGCGCCGGAGGCAACGGCGGCAGCAGCGGACUGGUUCCCAAUCCUGCAGCAGCCGCAGCGGCAACCGCAGCAGCGGCCGCGGCGCAACAGCGGCAGCAGUCUGCAGUGUCGGCAUCAGGGGGAGUGGGAGCGGCAGGCACCGGGCUGUCGUACGCAGAUCCUUUGUCGUACGGGUCGGCGGUCCUGAUGGAGCCGCAGAUUGACCCACGGGUCGCUGCAGAGGAGGCAGCGCUGGUGGCGCUGUUGCGGCAGCAGAAUGAGGCGCGCAGGGCCGAGACGCGGCGUGCAAAGUUGGAGCGCCAAUCCACGUCCACCACCGCUUCCACCAACCCGGAUGCGUCCACAACAACGGUAGCAGCAACUGAACCAGGCAGCGGCGAUGGCGCUGUUGUUAACGCUGCUGCUGGUAAUGAGCUCGUGGAUUCCGAAUCCGGGGCUGCUGUUGAAGGUGUGGGCGGUGGUGCCAUGCUGUCGUCGUCAUCCUCCCAUGCAACAUUGGACGCCUCACAACAUGGGGGAAGGCAACAGCAGCAGCAAAAGUCCAACCCCCAAGGGGUGCAUCAACGACAACAGCAGCAGCAAAACAAGAUGUUAACGCAGUACGAGGUGGAGUUCGUACGUGUCCAGGUUGCCCUGCUUGCCGACUCCGGCAGCAACCCCACCAUCUUCUCCUCCACCACCAGCACCGCCUCCACCAGCACCUCCGCCACCGCCAGCACUGCGGUGUGCGGUGGAGGUGCCUGUCUGGUGCUGGGUGCGGACAGUGCGGUGCUGCGGGGCGGGCGGGCGGUGGAGGCGGGCAGGGCGCAGAAGGUGCUCACCUUUGAUGUGGAGACGCUGCAGGCCUACGCCGCACGUCACGAGCUGCCGCGGGAGGCCGCCCUGCUGCCGCUGCCGCUGACCGCCGGCGCCACCGCUGCCGCCAGCGGCGGGGGUGCCCUGGGCGGCGGCGGUGUCAGCAGCGGCGGGGCGGGAGCAGGGGGCUACCCGAGGCCCUCCUUCUCGCCGCUAACAGACGGCUUGGCAGCAGCAGCAGCGGCUGCGGCGGCCACCGGAGCUGCAGGGGGUGGUGGUGGUGCAGGGGCCACGAUGGCCGAGGGGCAGCGUGUAGGGGGCGGCUAUGGCGACGGAGGAGCGGCGGGAUCGCCGCAGUCGCCUGCGGUUUGGUUGCAAGUGGUGAACGGCCAACUGGUUCCGUACGGCCGACAAUCGCAACAACCGCACUCCGACAAGGACGCAGCAGUCGCACCCCCCCUGGCCAUCCCAUCUUCCUCCUCCUCUUCGACCCUGGCUGCUGCUGCCGCUGCUGCUGCCGGCGCCACCGGAGGGGCUGAUAUCGGCCCUUCCACCGGCGUUGCGCCAGCCACCACUGCCGCCGGCCCUAGCGCCGCACCGACUGACCCACGGGUCGUGAUGCAGAAGAUUUUGAACCCUUUCCGUAUCCACCUGUCCAGCAGCCGUCCCUGGACCCCUCCUCCUCAGUCCUCCUCAACAUCUGCGUCACUGACGCCGCUGCCACAUCCUUUGACUGGUGCGGCUUUAGGCGGGGCAACAGCGGCUGUGAAUGCUGCAACAACAGCAGCAGCAGCUGCCAGUGAUGGUGCCUCCGGGGCUCUGUCGUCGCAGCAACAGCGGCAGCAGCAGCAGCAGGACCAACAGCAGCAACGGUCAACCGCUUCGGUCGUGCCAGAGGGGAAAGCGGGAGAGCAGCAAACCAACAACACCGCCGUCGGGAGCGUCAGUGGCAACAGCAGCAAUGGUCUGAAGCUGGACAUUGACGUGCCUGCGAUUACCGGGCAAAUGGAGAGCUGGCAGUUUCAGUUGCUGCUAGCGGUUAUAAACGAGACGGUUGCAGCGCCGUUGCCAAGGGUCGCGUUGCUGACCCGCGGAUCAGGUGCCCAGCCGCUUGCCGGUGUGGAAGCGUCCCCUGAGGUCUCGGCCACUGCGGAAACCCUCGUGUCACUGAGGCAGCAGCUACGUUGUCUCCAGCAAGAAGCGCUUACGCUUGCGAGUUACCUCACCAUGACCCAUGGGUCGAUCUCAAUUCCACCGUACAACAGCAACGUCCUGCCGUACAACUCAUCAUCAUCACCGUACACGGCUAUGCUUUUCAAGCCGCUGCUGCAGUCGCAACAGCAGGGGCUGGCGGCGAAUGCUGCUGGGGGCGGCGGCUACGGCGGCGGCGGUCACGGAGGAGGCGCAGCAGCCGCAGGUGGAGCUCCCCCGGCUGUGUUGGCACAGGUGCUGCUGUCCCCCCGCCCGCCCGGCCUCAGCGCCCCCCAGCUGGCGGCACUGCUGCGGAGGAACCAGGAGCUGCUGCUGCACUGGGCGCUGGAACAGGUCUCGGGUGCGCAGGAGGGUCUCGAGGCGGUGUCCGGUGUGCUGGUGCGGCUGCGCACCGAGGUGGGCGCCGCCCUGGAGGCGCAGCAGCAGCAGCAGCGCAAGCAGGCGACUGCGGUGGCGGUGCGGCUGGGGCGCUUCGGGUGGGCGCUGGUGAACAGGGAGGGGGCGGCGUUCGUACAGGCCGAGCUGAAGUCCAUGUCCUUCCACCACUCUCUGGACCGCGACCACACCGGCACCACCCGCAUCACCCUGCACUCCGCGGACAUGUGGGAGAUACGCGGGGGGGCGGGCGGGGGGGCGGGCGGGGGCAGUGGUGGGACUCCUGCUGCCGGGAGUAGCAGCAACAGUAUCAACACCAGUACUCAGCAGCAGCAGCCGCUGCUCCAGGCGGGGGCAGCAGCAGCCGGGGUUGCUGCUGCGGGGUUACAAGCAGCAGCAGCAGCAGCAGGACCAGCAGCCGCAGCCGGAGGAGGAGCAGGUGGGGGAGGAGUGGGUCCACAGCAUGUGGACGGUGGAGUGCGCCACUUGCAAGACCAGCAACACCAACAGCAGCAGCAACAUGCAACAACAGCAGGCGGCAAACAUGAGCCACUGCCGCCGACGUCUACGGCGGUAUCCACUGCCGGCGCUGCCAGUGGCGGCAGUAGCGGCACCGGCGCCGGUAGCGGUAGCAGCAGCAGCAUUCUGUCGCUGUGGCGCCCCGAUGCGAGCAGCUCUUGGGACGAUGACCCGCUGCUGCGGAUGCAUGUCGUACACGGGGGGGUGGAUGCGCAUUACGUGACGUACGAACACAUCGAGGUUUACCUGCACCCGCUGCAAGUGCGCCUCACGUACGCCCUGGCACACAGCCUCAUGGACUACUUUGAGCUCAAAGAUGAUGAAGAGGAGGAUGACUGGUUCGCCGCGGGUUGCAAGGCCAGGAAGGAGGCCAAGGCCAACAAGGCUGCUCGGAGCGCAGAGCCCAGUGGCGGCGGCGGUGGCAGUGCAGCCGUCAACGUUAGCGGCGGCGGCGGCAGCACAUACACCUCCCCUGCUAAAUCCAACCGCAGUGGCGGCGGUAGCUGGUUCGCUCGGCGAGUCGGCGGCGGCGGCACGUCUGAGGCGUCAGCGGGAGUGGCGGCGACGGGGACGACGACGCAUUCGCUGCCUCCGUCGCUGCCAUUGGCGCCUCGACCGGCGGCCGCGGCGGGUGUACCCUUGCCAUCCGAGCCGUUGGCUUCCGGUGCCAUCGGUGCUACAGGCGCCGUACCUGCGCCGACAGCUGCUACUGCUGCUACCGGCGGCGGCUUCCGAGGUCUAGCGCCGCCGAGCGGUUCGGCUUCUCCUCAUAAAGGUGCCUCGACCGCCGCUUUCAACGACCUUACGCUGGCGGCGACGGCGGCGCCUUGGGACGCUCUGUCGUACAAUCCAAGUAGCGCAAGCGCAAGUGGCGGCGUAAGCCGCAAUCAUAGUAGGACGCCGUCGGCGGCGACGACGACGGUUGAUGAUCCUAUGGCGGCGGCAGGGGCGACAGCACUGGCGGCAGCGCCCCCCAUGCCGCCUGUUGGCGGCGCAGCCAUCGCGGCGGCGACGCCAGCGGCGACGACAGUGGCGUUGCGGUACGGUCCGACGUUCCGUCGUCGCGGCAACGGGCGUACGGCAGUGCUUGUGGAGGUAGCGGGAGUGCUUGUGCCGACGACGGCGGCGGUCGCUGCGGGGCAUGCAUCGCAACAACAACCGUCGUCAACCGCCGGCGACUCCGCCGCCGCCACCAUUGGCGGCAGAACCCCCACUCGCCGCCGUCGGUUGCGCUUCCGCCACGUGCGUUUUAACCGCAUCGCGGCUCGUCUGACGUACUCGGGGCCCUUGCUGUCGAUCGGACAAAAAACUGGCGGUUGGGGGUUGAUGCUGGAUGCGAGGGUGUACCGCAACCUGGAGGGCGGCUGGAGGGACCUGCUGACCAAGUACAAGUGGGACGUCAUUCGCUCCGUCAUCAAGAGCGCCACGGGAAUACAAGCCGGCAAGCUCAAGGAGCUCCGAGGGGCGGGCGGCGGCGCUACCGCCGCCGCCGUCGCCGCCAGUGGUGCCGCUGCCGGCGACGCCGCUGCAGCUGGCGGUUCCGCCGGCGGCAUGCUGCUCCCUGCGGGCCUGUCCCUGGACGAUUUGGAUCCAAGUACGGCAUUCACGACCGACGGCAACGCCCUGUCGUACGCAGCUGCCGGCGGCGGCGGCGCCGGUUCUGCCAGUGUUGGCGGCAGUGGCGGGCAGCGGGCGGCUGCGGCGGCGGCGCUGCUAGGCGGCAUGAAGAAGAAGGCGGUCGCCUUCAUGUCGGCAGGUGGUGCUGCGGGCGCGCGUCUCCGCCAAGCCGCAAUCGCCAAGGCAACGGGGCGUACGACAAUGCCCGGUGCUGCCGCCGGCGCCAGCGCGCCGCUCAGGGACGCCGCCCUUGGUGACCCAAGUGCAUCGACCCAUGGGUCGGAGGAGACAGCUGCUCAGGAUGAGGGGCUGCUGCUGGAAACCUAUGAAUCCGAGGUAAGCCGUGAUGUCGAGGUGCGUCUCACGUGUGAAUUAAAAACCAAUAAAUAUAGCACGAUGCACUAUAGGGUGAGGGCUUUGGAUGGGAUGGUGUUAUCGACUUCCCAAUUUCGGCAUAAACGUGCUAUAGUUAUGAUACCAUUGCACGAUGUGUGGUUGUGCAGGAGAGCAUGGUACUGGAGUGCCAACGCAUCAUGCAGCAGGCGCAGGCGCAGGCCCGGGCGCGAGCGACACGGCUUGCCGCGCUUCUUGGAGAUGUGCCUCCCGCUGCCUUCGGUGGCGGUGGUGGCGGUGGCGGUGGCGGGGCAGCAGCGGCGGCUGCAGGGGGUGCCCGCGGUCGCUCGUACCGGAUGUAGAGUGGCUAGUCAUCAAUGCUGAGAUGAGGGGGGCAGAGCGUUAGCCGCACGGAAAUGUUGUAGAUAGCUUCACGCAGAGGAGGCAGAAGGUUGCGGGGCAUGUCAUGCAUGUUUGGAUUGCAUGCAAAUAGUUGUUUUGGAAGGAUGGUAAGUGGCCGAGGCGCCUAGCUUGAAAAGACGUGACAGGAAUCGACACAUGUCUUAAGCUCUUGUCUUUUAGGAGUGCGUAGGAUAUGGUGUAAGGAAUAGAUUAAUGGAAGUUGGACGUAGUAACAAAGUGGCAUUCUUGGAGCUUGGCGCGUAUAGGAGUCGGUCGCUCCAUCUAGCCCCCCUCUUCCGACCCGUAGGGAGUACGACAACCCCAGUAGUCCUGUGCGUUUCAUUGGAAGACUUUAUGCAGUCGGGCCCACCGAAUCUGAACCCGCCAUGCAUGUUAUCUAGGAAUACGCAACAGCUCGUGCAUGCAUGUUCUCCUCAUUGGUGCUCCUGGACGCCGCAAUGAUCCCUACGGUCCUUCCUGCUAAAUGUCGCCCUCGUCUUUCGCCAGAAACCACCAAGGUUAUGGCAGUAUUAGCGUUGGGUGCUCUCGGUGCCGCUGUUGAGUCUGGUCGGAAUGGACACAUCCGGCUGUAACAUUGCCUAUCAGUUGACCCUCACCCGCCCCCCUGCCCCUACCUUAAAAACGUG